AUGCCUUCCUUCGCCCCCGCAAUUCGUGCGGAGAACAACUUCACGGCGCAGUCGGCCAAGCCCUUCCCGUCCAAGUUCGCACCGGCCAACAAUGGAGGUCAACCUCGAAAGCUUGCCGUCAUGACUUCCGGUGGUGACUCGGCAGGUAUGAACGCCGCCGUUCGUUCCCUUGUCAAGAUGGCCAUCUUCCGUGGAUGCGAAGCAUUCGUCAUCCGAGAGGGCUGGGAGGGUCUCGUUCGCGGCAACCAUUCUCCCGGAAACACUCCCUCUGCAACCCCAUCCAUCAGCAGAAACACCUCCACUUUCUUCGAGGAUCUCAGCGCAAAAGGCGAGAUAGCGGAUCUUGACAGCCAUCCCGAACAGACCCACUUUGUGCCCACAUACGGCGAAGGAGAGCUCCUGCGUGAAGGUGUUGGAGAGGCGCAAGAACUCGGACUGAGAGGACGCUACAUCAUCCGUGUAGGAUGGGAUGAUGUUCGAGGCUGGAUGGACCAGGGAGGCACUCUUAUCGGUACUGCGCGAUCCAAGAUCUUCCGCACCCCCGAAGGUCGUCAACAGGCUGCUUACAACCUCAUCAUCAACGGCAUCGACGCCCUUGCUGUCUGCGGUGGUGACGGAAGUCUCACAGGAGCCGAUAAGCUCCGUGCAGAGUGGCCAGAUCUUGUCGCAUCUCUCAAAGCCAAGAACAGAAUCACCGAAGAACAGGCUACCAAGUUUGCUCACCUCAACAUUGUCGGCCUUGUAGGCUCCAUCGACAACGACAUGGCCACCACUGAUAUCACCAUCGGUGCCUCUACAGCUUUGCAACGCAUCUGUGAAGCCGUCGAUUCGAUCUCCUCGACUGCCGCCUCGCACUCUCGUGCUUUCGUUGUUGAAGUCAUGGGCAGGCACUGUGGAUGGCUUGCUCUCAUGGCAGGUAUUGCUACUGGUGCCGAUUACGUUUUCAUCCCGGAGCGCCCGCCGCAGGCUCAGGAGUGGCACACCGAGAUGUGCGAGGUACUGCAAAAGCACAGGGAUCUCGGCAAGCGAAAGUCGAUCGUCAUUGUCGCUGAAGGUGCCAUUGACCGCGAACUCAACAAUAUCACCCCUGACAUGAUCAAGAACGUUCUUUCAGAGGAUCUCGGUCUCGACACCCGUGUCACCACCCUCGGUCACACUCAGCGUGGUGGAAAGCCCGACGCCAAUGACCGUAUCCUUGCCACACUCCAAGGUAUCGAGGCUGUCGAUGCCGUGCUCCAAGCCACACCUGAAACACCAUCCUACGUCAUCGGCAUCAGCGAGAACAAGAUCACCCGUAUCCCACUCAUGUUUGCCGUCGAGCAGACGCAAAAGGUAGCCAAGCUCAUCGAAUCCAAAGACUUUGACGGUGCACUGGCACUUCGCGAUCCCGAGUUCGCCGAAGGUCUUCGUGCCUUCAAGUACAUCAAUCAGAUCACAGAGGACGAGAGGCUCCCAGAAAAGAGGCGUCUGCGCAUGGGUAUCAUUCACGUCGGUGCCCCUGCUGGAGGAAUGAAUGCUGCUACACGCACAGCUGUCCGCUACUGUCUCGCCAAGGGUCACGACGCCGUUGUCAUCUACAACGGUUUCCCUGGCUUGCUCGAGGAUAACCUCUCGGUGCUCAACUGGCUCCGUGUAGACAACUGGGCUACAAGAGGUGGUUCCGAGCUUGGUGUCAACCGUUAUCUUCCCGACAUUGACGUCGGCGCCGUCGCUGACAAGUUGCAAGAGCACAAGAUCGAAGGUCUCCUCAUCGUCGGUGGUUUCGAGGCAUUUAGCUCGGUCAAGAUUCUCAAUGACAACCGCGAUCGAUACCCAGCAUUCCGCAUCCCCAUCGUCGGUCUUCCUGCGACCAUCUCGAACAACGUUCCCAUGAACGAGUUCUCACUCGGCUCCGACACAUCUCUCAACGCUUUAGUUGACGCCUGUGAUGCAGUUAAGCAGUCGGCUUCGGCUUCGCGAAACCGUGUCUUUGUUGUCGAGACACAGGGAGGCAAGUGUGGUUAUAUUGCCGUUAUGGGCGCUCUGGCAGCCGGUGCCGUGCUCGUCUACACACCCGAGAUUGGCAUCGGUCUUCAGCAACUUGGCAAAGACGUUGCUUUCCUCAAGAAGCGAUUCCUACUCGAUGUCAAGGGUAAAUCUGAAGGCAGACUUGUUAUCCGCAACGAAAAGUCUUCUGACGUCUUCACCACAGAGGUUAUCACCAAGAUUCUCAAAGAGGAGGGAAACAGCCUCUUCGAUGCCCGUUCUGCCAGCCUUGGUCACACACUUCAAGGUGGUGUUCCAUCGCCGUUGGACCGUGUUCGAGCCACCCGUCUGGCACUCAAGUGCUGCGAGUUCCUCGAGUCUGAGGCUCUCAAGCAACGCAGCAGUUCUUCUCAGUCGUCCAAGAUCAGCGCAGGUCCAUCCGAGAAGUCGUACUCGGACGACACUGCCGUUAUGAUAACGAUUCAGGGAUCUACCAUUUGCUUCACUUCGGCCACGGAGAUGGCCAAGCAUGCCGACAUGAAGAACAGACGGGCUAAGACAGCAUGGUGGCACGAGCUCAAGGCGCUCGUUGAGCUACUCGGUGGUCGUACUGCCCUUGCUGAGCUGUAA